AUGUAUGAUAAUGACGGUACUGUGGCAAGCAGCGCCAUCCUUUCCUCCUCCAAGCUUUACUACUACCGCUUCUUUGCCCUCCUGUACGGGUGGGCGGGUGGGCACGCUGACAUCACCAUGGUCAACUCGUCGUGGACCGAGGGCCACAUUCGGCGAAUCUGGACGCGCAACAAGCCGAGCUCCGUGCACCGGGUGUACCCUCCAUGUGACACCACUGCUCUCCAGGCUCUUCCUCUCUCCCGCCCCGCAUCAAAAUACAUAAUCUCCGUUGCCCAGUUCCGACCAGAAAAGAACCACGCAUUGCAGCUUCGAGCCUUUGCACAGGCCAUAAAGCCUGCACCACCAUCCGAUCCAACGGCUGACGCUCAAUCGGAGCCCGAUCCGAUGGCUGGCGUGCGUUUGAAGCUGGUGGGCAGCAGCCGGCACCGGGAGGACGAGAAGCGGAUUGAGCUUCUGGGGUGCCUGGCGGUGUCUCUUGGAGUAGAGAGGCGCGUGGAUUUCAUUGCCAACACUCCCUUCCGGGAGCUGCAACAGCUGUUAGGCGGCGCCACGUGCGGCAUACACACCAUGUGGGACGAGCACUUUGGCAUCAGCGUGGUCGAAUACAUGGCAGCAGGGGCUGUUCCCAUAGCCCACAACUCUGCCGGCCCCAAAAUGGACAUUGUCGUGCCGGCCUGCCAUGCUGGUUGCAAAGAAGAAGAUCGGCAGGAGAAGAGGGGAGCCCACAACUCUGCCGGCCCGAAAAUGGACAUUGUCGUGCCGGCCUUUCAUGCUGGUCUGGGGAGAAAAGAAGACGGGCAGGAGAAGGGGGGAGAGGUGGGAGAUGGGGAGGGAGACAAGGAGGGAGGCGAAGGGGAGCAAUCAGAGCCGUUGAUUUGGAAGGGCCAGCUAGAAGCGGACUCAUCAGGCUGUCCUGUAGGGUAUUUGGCGACGACCGAGGACGAAUACGCUGCUGCCAUGCGGGCGGUUUUCGCCAUGUCAGCGGAGGAGAGGGAGCGGAUAGCGACAGCUGGCAGGGAGCGGGCCAAGCGAUUCUCCGAGGAGAAUUUCGAUAAGAGCUUCAAGGAUGUGUUGCGCCCAGUGCUUGACUACUCUUGA